AUGAGCACGGGUAGUGCGCUUCCGCAUCAGCACACGGCACUCGCGGGUCAGUCCGACGCGCGGAAGAUACCGGUGGAGUCGAACGGGUCGUUCAACAGGAAGCCCUCCACGUUUAGGAACUGGAUCUCUCCAGACGGCCAGUUUAAACCUGAAAAAGGACGCUACCAUCUCUACGUGUCGUACGGGUGCCCUUGGGCAACUCGUACUCUGAUUGUCCGGCAACUCAAGGGCCUCGAAGACAUCAUUCCGGUGACUGCCGUCUCGCCGCGCAUGGAUGCCAAUGGCUGGCCGUUCGCCAAUGUUGAUCCAUUCCCUGGGGCGGACUUGGACCCCCUCCACGGGGCCAGCCACCUCAAGGAGCUGUACCUCCGCGUGCAGCCCGACUAUGAGGGCAGGUUCACCGUCCCGCUCCUCUGGGACAAGCAGCAGCAUACAAUCGUGAACAACGAGAGCUCCGAGAUUGUUCGCAUAUUCAACAGCGCAUUCAACCAUCUCCUGCCCACCGAACAGGCCGCGCUCGACCUCUACCCCGAGUCCCUCCGCCCCGAGAUCGAUGCUCUCAACGAGUGGGUCUACGACACUGUCAACAAUGGAGUGUACAGGGCUGGCUUCGCCCAGACGCAAAAGGCAUACGAGGACGCGGUCCUCGCACUCUUUAGCUCGCUCGACCGCCUCGAGGGGAUUCUUACGGGCAAGGACUACCUCAUAGGCGAUCGACUGACCGAGGCAGACGUGCGCCUCUUCGUCACUAUCAUCCGCUUUGACGUCGCGUACCACACGCAAUUCAAGUGCAACAUCCGCAGCAUCCGCGCGGACUACCCCGCUCUUCACCGCUGGCUACGCAGGCUCUACUGGUCUGUCCCCGCGUUCAAGGACACGUGCAACUUCCAGCAUAUCAAGGGAGGAUACUAUAGCAUGAGCAAUAUCAAUCCGUUCAAGAUUGUCGCCAUAGGUCCGGUGCCGGAUAUCUUACCACUGUAG